AUGAAACCUUGUUUAAGAAAAUCUAUUCUAUUAGUAAUUUUAUUAUUACAAUGCUCAACCAUUGUUUAUUCUCAGCAGGUGUCCUCAAAUGAUGCCCAACCAUCCAACCCAACUACAACAGAAGCACAAGUAACAACAACUCAGGCACAAAUCACCACUACUGUUACUGCUACUACUACUCAAGCACCUCAAAUAACAACAACAACAACACAGGCCGAGCAACAGACAACAAGCGAGAAACCAGUAGCUAUCACCACCACCACAAUGGAUCCAGUCACUACAACAAAGGCAACAACAGAUGCUGCACAAACAACGGAUAGUACAGCAACAGAUAAUGAUAAAACCCCAUUGACAACGAUUGCUGGAGGCACAACCAUUUCCAGAACAACAGAAAGAAACCGCCCUUCUGCUACUGAUAAUGUUUCUUCCAUAAGCGCUUCAUCAAUGACACCUACUAGUCAAGCAGAUAAGCAAGAGGAUGAUGGUUCAAACAAUAAGACUGCGGUUAUUGCUGGUUCAGUGGUCGGCUGUCUAGUGGGUGUUGCUGCCAUUGGCGGUCUUUUGACUUGGAUGAAUCGUCGUGGUGGAUGCACGAGUCGUACUCGUCGUAGAGAUAGACCCACUGAUUUUGUAGGGGAAGAAGGUUUCAAAAUGACCGAGAACACUGUCGAUCCACAUUCUUUGGGCAGCCCAGCAUCUCCUUUUGAACAGCAUGCCCGUCGUUUUGUACCUCCUACAUCAGGUUACAUGAAUUUGAAUGAUGAGGAAUAUGGGUAUCACCAAACCAUAAAUACAGCAAGUUAUCCACAAGAUCACCAAGAAUACUAUACGCAGCCAGACUAUACGGCACAGAACUAUUAUCCUUCUACUGUUACUACACCUACAUUGAUAAACACCCCUAUUGUUCCUGCCAAUGGCAAUUAUCAGUCAUUCAAACCCGACCAAAUUGAACAAAAACCCAAUGCAGCUUAA